AUGAAUGGUGAUAUUGAACAAUUGAAGAAUCAGCCUUCUUUGGAAAUUGUGGAGGAUAUAUUAUUACGUAAUUUACAUACACCAUCAUUUCCGUAUAUCAUUGCGUUACUUGAUUUCACCAUUCCACAGAUCUAUACUUCACUCCCCAAGAAAUCCAAGAAUCUUUUACUAGAGACAUUUCAUUCAUUAAUUGGGAUUGGGAACUUGUUGAAUAGAAUAUCAACUAUUGGGAAAAUAAACGAUAAAUUGGAAUUAUUGAAACGGUUUCUUGGAUUUUUACAAGACGUAUUUCAGACUAAAGAUUUAAUUCUCAAAUUGGUUACACGUGCUAAACCUUUUGAACUAAAAGAAAUUGAUAAGAUUAUUUUUAAAGGAAAAGUGUUAUCAAUUGUCAAUGAGGCUAUUCUUAUUACCAAUGCUGACAUUACUAAUGAGAUUUUCAAAUCUUCUGAGAGUUAUAUUGAUUAUUUGACCAAAUCAUUAAUAAUCUUGUAUGAAUCAGACACCCAGAUUUCCAAUAUAGAACUCUUUCUAAAUUCAGUAUUUAAAUUCGGAAGUGGUUCUUUCAACCAAGUGUGUCAAAUUUUCUUCCAGAAAGAAUAUUGGAAUUAUUUUACAACCAGUUUUCAAGCAAUGAAGAGUUUCCAAAAGAGGGAAUUCACUAAGAAGUUCUUCACUGAUUUUCUUGUCCAUAUAGUCAAUGAAUCUAAUGUAAUGGGGAUGUAUAAUUUAUUGUUGUUUACAUUUGAUCAAAUUGAUGAGUUUACAUUGGAAUUUGUCGUCCAAAGCUCAAAUAAAUCAUCGGUACUGCUUGUUGCUGCAUUACUAUUCAACUAUCCUAGCUCAAAACUAGACACUAUGACUUUGAAACUUCUUACUAAAUGGUCAGAACAAACAUACAUAAAAAACGAACCAAUUUCUAUUCAAGAAUCAAGAACAUUUAUGAUUAUGCAACUUCUAUCACGUAGAAGGGGUUCGGAUUUUACUAAAGGACUUCCCAAGAAUAAAGUUUUCUUAGAUGCUAUAAGUAAUAGACUACUGUCUUUUUCAAAUAAUGUAAAGGCAUUAGGUGUUGUUUUAGCUGACUAUAUUUGUGAAUUAAACGGUGAAGAGAAAAUUUUCAAAUUGUCUACUGAAGUUGAUGCAUAUUCUUCUUUAAUUCAAGAACCAUUUCCCCUAACUCGUCUAACAGAAGGUGAGUCAUGGAAGAUAUUAGAAGCUCCGCAGAAACAAGAAACCCCACCUACAUUUACUCAACAAGAUGCUUCACCAGUUGAGGCCGAUUCUGAUGAUGAAUCUGAUGACGAUACACUUCCUCCUAAAGCAGACAUCCCUGAUCCUAUUUAUGUGAAGGAUUUGUUAGAAUAUCUCACUGUUGAUACAAGCAAGAGCAACGCUUAUGAAAUGAGAAGAAAAGCAUUACUUGAAGGUCCAACAUUACUUCGUCAAAAGGCCAAAAAUGGCACAGAGGUUGAAUUCUAUCUGGAGGAUCUUUUAACCCAGCUAAUUGCUUUGGAUAACUAUUUUGAUGAUAAAGAUUUACCGGAAUUGAAACUUGCAAAUAUAGUAGCUGUGGUUGCUACUACUCCUAGCAUCACCUUCUUUAUGUUUAAAUUGUUACUAACGGGUGACUAUUCUUUACAACAGAGAAUCAUGAUACUAUCUGCAUCAACAUUAGCAGCAAGAGAAUUACGUGGUUUCAAAGAUGAUGCCAUUUCAAAAUCUUUCAAGACUACUCAAUUUGCAACAAAAAUGUUGCCGGAAAACUUACACAAGAAAUAUCUUCUGUUAGAAGGUGGAGACAAAUAUAUUGAUUAUUUGCUGAAUAAUUUACAAAAUGAAUUAAUGCAAGAAGCAUCUAGUGCAGCACAAGAUGAGAUCUUGGGUGCCGGUAAAUUAGUGAGAAUCUCUGCAAAACUCAAGAAACCAACAAAAUCACAAGAAGGUACACCAAUUAUUAAAGAUUUCUAUAAAAUCAUUGGUAGGAAUUUCUUCUUUCCAUUGCUUAAUGUCUGGUAUGAAGCAGGAACUAUUGAUAUUGGCCAUUAUUCACCGGUGUUUAUUGCCCAUUAUUUGAAAACAUUGAACUUGUUGCUUUACUGUGCCUAUCCUUCAUCAACGCAACUUGAUGAUAUGAUUAAAGAAAUUAUUGUUUUGAAUUGUUCAAUUAUAAGGAAAAUAUCGUUGGAACAAGUACCCAUUGUUGAAAGUAUAAUUUCUGGUCUUUUAUUGGUUUUUGAAAUAUCUGACAGUGAAUUUUUGAUUGAGAAUUAUAAUGAUGAACUCAUCUUUAUUCGCAAUUGGGUAUCAAUAUCAUGGGAUCAAUUAAUAGAUGAAAAAUUAAAGGGUUUGGCUGCUGGAUUGUUGUUGAAAUUACAAAACAUGGCAACAAAAUUUGAACGAUUAAUAAUGGAUCAAGAUAGUAGUAUCAUCUAA